AGGAAUUUGAAGGUUUUGUUUCGUCCGAAUAAUCCUUUCGAUUUUGAUGUGUUCUGAGGUUUUGUCAGCUAUCAAAUUAUCGUUUACUGAUCAUCAACGGUUUUAUUUUUCGCCGCAUGUACGAAACGAUCUGAAUACAUGGACCUCUAUACGGGCCGCCAUACUUACUCAAUCGCAGUGUGUGAAUACACGGUGACGAAAGCAGCGAGGAAACAUAACCCAGGAUUCUUCUAAAUCUUCGUUAAUUUUAUCAUGUCAGUUGCUGGAGAAAGAAACGAGUCUGUUCCUUCGGAGAAGAACGGGCCCUCCGAUAAGGGGGCCGGUGAGGGCGCUUCCGAUGUCGACGGCCUCAUCGAGUCCAAUUGGGAAGAGGUCGUGGACAAGUUCGAUGAUAUGAACUUGAAAGAAGAGUUGCUGCGUGGAAUCUAUGCGUACGGUUUUGAGAAACCUUCAGCGAUCCAGCAGCGCGCUAUCAUUCCGUGUACGAAAGGCUACGACGUGAUUGCUCAGGCGCAAUCCGGAACUGGAAAGACUGCUACGUUUUCUAUUGCGAUCUUGCAACAGAUUGAUACGAGCUUGAAAGAAUGUCAGGCGCUGAUUUUAGCUCCGACUCGAGAACUGGCUCAACAGAUCCAGAAAGUAGUGCUUGCCUUGGGCGAUUACAUGAAUGCUCAGUGUCAAGCUUUUAUUGGCGGCACGAACUUGUGGGAAGACAAGCGGAGGUUGGAGUUGGGUGUUCAUGUCGUCGUUGGUACCCCUGGUCGUGUGUACGACAUCAUAAAUCGUCGUUCACUUAGGACGAAUUACAUCAAGUUCUUCGUAUUGGACGAAGCUGACGAAAUGUUGUCUCGGGGAUUCAAGGAUCAAAUCUAUGACGUUUUCAGAACACUCCCAGAGAAUAUUCAGGUAAUUCUCUUGUCCGCUACAAUGCCGGCGGACGUGUUGGAAGUAACGAAGCACUUCAUGCGUGACCCCAUCCGUAUCCUCGUCAAGAAGGAGGAAUUGACGCUUGAGGGUAUCAAGCAGUUCUUCGUGUAUGUUGAACGUGAAGACUGGAAGUUGGAUACGCUUUGCGAUCUGUACGAAACCCUGACAAUUACCCAGGCCGUGAUCUUCUGUAAUACGCGGCGUAAAGUCGACUGGUUGACAGAGAGAAUGCACCAGCGGGACUUUACUGUCUCCUCCAUGCACGGGGAGAUGGAACAGAAGGUGGGUGUCUGUCCUUACGCCGUCAAAUCUAUUUAAAUCACAGAAUCCUUCUAAAAGCGCCGGAAGUAACUCAAGUGUACUCUAUCGGUCGUCAAACGAAGGUAUAUUAACGAGUGUCCGACACUAUGGGUGAGGAAGUAGUGUUCUAUCAUCGCGACUAUCCUCAAUCAGGUCCGAUACAAUUUUCAGUUCUGCCCAAAUUGAGCAGGUUUUCGAUUAAUGGUUCGAAAUGUUUUCAAGUAUGCAUGAAGAGAAUAUUCGCUAGCUGUGAAGUUCUUCGAAAUCUGUUGGAAGCCAGUGGCUUGUGGACGAUUAGUCAUCGAUUGUGAUUUUCAGCUUUAAAGUUAUUCAAAGAGGAGACAUGAGCUCUGAGUGAGUACUGUAUCAAUCAUUUGAUGAGGGUUUCUAUCAAUGGGGGUUCGUUCGUGUUAAGUUCCUACAUCAUUGAAAAAUUCCAGGAGAAAUUCAAUUCUGAGCUUCUAUAAUACAGAAUUUCUGUCGAGAUGGUUCCAGUUCGUUCAUUCCGAUUUCUCCAAAUACUGUUCAGGCAAUAUUCAAAGCUGUUGCGGUAUUAUCGCUUCUACUUGUACAUUUGGCAAAAAGAUCAACAGUUUUUCUUGGCAUUCUAGGAACGCGAAGUGAUUAUGCGAGAAUUCCGUUCUGGCUCAUCGCGCGUGUUGAUCACAACUGAUCUUCUGGCUCGUGGAAUCGAUGUUCAGCAAGUGUCACUUGUUAUCAACUACGAUUUGCCCACGCAACGCGAGAACUAUAUUCAUAGGAUCGGUCGUGGCGGACGUUUCGGUAGGAAGGGCGUGGCGAUCAACUUCGUGGUUGAAGAGGAUCAACGCACGCUCAAGGACCUCGAGCAGUUCUACAAUACGCAAAUUGACGAAAUGCCGAUGAACGUCGCCGACUUGAUAUAGGAGAAUUAAAUUUCGCUUCGUGGGAAAUUCGCGCGCUGAAAAGUUCCUCCCAAACUCGUUAAUCUCUUGUUUUCUUCCGAUCUAUAGAAGAAGAAACGACUUCUUGGUUUCGCUGUUCCUUGUUUCGUCGUUAAGCUUCCGGAUUCGCGCGCAUGAGGAGAAAAAAACCACAAAAAAAUUGGAAAUCUUCGAAAACGUGGCCGCAACACGAUGUGUAAAUAACGGGCGGAAUGAAAAAAAAAAUUUUGAACUCGAA